GUUGAUCUUUUGAACCAUGAGCAGCAUGAUGGGGCUCGUGUGGCUGUGGUUCUGGAUCUUCCUGGACUCUGGGGCGUCUUCAGUCUCGCUGCCAGAAACAACCGACAGCAGGUUCAUUGACGAAUGUGUGAGGGAGCACAACAAGGCACGGUCGUCUGUCAGCCCACCUGCAACUAACAUGCUGUACAUGACCUGGGACGAGGGCCUAUCCCUCAUUGCAAAAGCAUGGGCAGAGAAAUGCGUGUUUCAACACAACCCCAAACUCAAAGAUGACCCCAGCGUGCACCCCAAUUUCUCCUCUGUGGGGGAGAACAUAUGGACGGGCUCACCCUCCUUAUUUGAUGUGACAAGAGCCAUGAAGAAAUGGGUGGAUGAGAAGGAUCACUACAACUACAAGGGGAACAAAUGCAGCUCAAUCUGUGGCCACUAUACACAGGUUGUGUGGGGAAGCAGCUACAAGGUUGGUUGUGCAGCACAUCUGUGCCCAGGUGGUGUCGCUGGUUUUGAUUCCAGGGAGGGUGUUGUUUUUGUCUGCAACUAUGCUACAGCGGGUAACAUGAACUCAGCGAAACCAUAUGAAUCUGGAGGAGCAGCCUGCUCUGGAUGUACAGGCUCCUGUGUGGACCGUCUCUGCCGCUACAACUGGAGCCCAGAGGGAGUCCCUGCCAAAGCUUCGACUUACCCCGACUACUUGAAUAUUGUGAUUGUCCGGCCCAUGGGUCUCCUCCUCACCUUCAUCACAGCAUUUGCUCUCCGCUACCUCUACCCUGACGUCUUCUGCUAUGAAUAGUUUCCCCCGUUUACACUUGAGCAACCAAUACAUCUGAGUCGGACAGUGUUAAGCUAAAGAUCUUGAGAAAUCACAUUCAAGAGGACAAGAACAUGUUUGAUAACACCGUGACUGUUUGACCUUUGACCACUAAAAUCUGAGUCGGCGUGUUUUAAAGUGAAUGUCUGUACAUACUCUAGGUAGAUGGUAAAAACAUAAUGCCUCCUUAUCUUACCCAAUCCCCACUACUCCCUCUCCCCGAUCUAACCCCCCACUAACACCCCUUUACCCUCCUACCCCCAACCUUCCUUGUGGAUAUGUACUGAACAUAAUAUUGUGUAAGUAUAGUUCAUGAAAGCUCUCUCUGAUUCUAGAUAAUUAGUCAUAAGAAGUUACUCCUUCCGGU